GUGUGUGUGUGUGUGCGUGUGUGUGUGUGUGUGCGUGUGUGUGUGUGUGUGUGUCUGAGAUUUCGAUGUUGUUAGGCUACAGUGUUUUCAAGGGAACGUGCGGGACCUUUAGGACGGAGAGCAGUCGUCCGUCCACUUCACCACAACAGCGGCUCAACACCAUGGCUGCCGCUCUCAUCACGCUCUUCUUCUUCCUUUACUCCGUCACUGCAUCACCUCUGGAAUCAGCCUCUGAGCAAGUCCUCCCCCAGAACCAGCCCCACCUCACCAGCUGUGUCUCGGCCAACAUGGAGACUUUCCGCUGCAGAUGGAACGUCGGAGCUUCCAAGAGCCUCUCCCAGCCUGGAGACCUCCGCUUAUUCUACAUUAACAAAUUACCCCCCCACGUUUCUCCCAAAGAGUGGCGUGAGUGUCCCCACUACAGCACGGACAGGCCCAACGAGUGCUUUUUCAACGAGAACCACACGUCCGUCUGGACAUAUUACAGCGUCCAGCUCCGCUCCAGGGACCAAGCCACCCUCUAUGACGAGAGCCACUUCAACCUUCAAGACAUCGUGCAACCGGAUCCUCCAGUCGGCCUAAACUGGACUCUGCUUAAUGAGAGUUUGACCGGCACUUACUAUGACAUCAUACUGAGCUGGAAGCCGCCCCAGUCCGCAGACGUGCAGAUGGGAUGGAUGACGCUGCGGUACGAGGUCCAGUACCGCGUCGUCACCGCUGACAAGUGGGAAGUGGUGGAGCUUGUGGAAAGCACACACCGCUCCAUUUACGGACUUCAAACUAACGUCAAUCACGAGGUUCGGGUCCGGUGCAAGAUGCAUGCUGGGAAAGAGUUUGGAGAGUUCAGCGACUCUUUGUUUGUGCUCGUCCCAUCUAAAGUGCCAGGCUUCCCAGUGGUGGCCUUGCUCGUCUUCGGUGCCCUGUGCUUAGUGACCAUCAUGAUGUUAGUUAUCAUAUCGCAGCAGGAGAAGUUGAUGGUUAUUCUUUUGCCUCCUGUUCCUGGACCUAAAAUAAGAGGAAUUGACCCUGAACUACUCAAGAAAGGGAAGCUGCGGGAGUUGACGUCCAUCCUGGGCGGCCCUCCUGAUCUGAGGCCCGAGCUGUACUACAACGACCCCUGGGUGGAGUUCAUCGAUCUGGACAUCGAGGAGCUGAACGAGCGACUGACGGACCUGGACACGGACUGUCUCGUGGAGCGCUCGCUGUCCUCCAACAACUCUCCCCUGUCCACGGGCUUCAGAGACGACGACUCGGGCCGGGCCAGCUGCUGCGAUCCCGAUCUCCCCAGCGAGCCGGAAGCGUCACCGCACACUCCUCUGAUCCCAUACCAAACCCACAGUAAAGACCCGUCGUGCCCGACCGCCUGCGAGCCAAGCCCCCCAAUGCAGAGCCCCGCCACUGUGGAGCCUAGGUCCGUGGCACCGGGCCGAGAGGCGCUGUACACCAAAGUGAGUGAGGUGAGGUCUUCUGGCAAAGUGCUGCUGUCGCCUGAGGAACAGACUGGCAAAGACCCCCAGAAAGACAUCAUGGCGCAGAAAGAGAAAGAAAAGAAAGAGUUCCAGCUCCUUGUGGUCAACCCAGACCACGGAGGUUACACCUCAGAGCUCAACGCAGGGAAAAUGAGCCCCAGAUUGUCCACAGGAGACACGAGUGAACCCUGCCAGGCAAACGGAGACAUGAAUUAUUCACCAUCCCAGGAAUCAGACAGCAGCCCCAUAUCCCCUCUUUCCCCUGUCUACACCGUGGUGGAGGGUGUCGACAGGCAGAACAGCCUUUUACUGACUCCCAACUCGACCCCAGCACCCCAGCUGGUAAUCCCAAAAGUCAUGCCGACGCCAGGCGGCUACCUGACCCCUGAGCUUAUGGGAAGCAUCACGCCCUAGAUCGGGGGGGACUGCAUAAAGUUAAGACUUUUCAAUCUAAGGCACAGAUAAGCUUAGGAACAGUCUUUGAGAUUGACUCAAGGUUGAGGGACUAUCAGGUCUCCAUACAUGGAGGACAUCUGUGCCACCACCUCUGUCCACCCACUGCUCCCCCUCUGAUACGUCUGUAAAGGGUUAGCUGGAGCUUUGGUAUGAGGGAGAAAGACCAUGUAAAGAUGUUUUACAGCAAAAGGGCAAAGAGAAGCCUAUCGUUCAAAGGGUUUGGCAUUGUUUUGAUCGGAAUAUUCCAGUUCUUCUUUUGGAUUGGAGGACAUUUUUAUUUUGAUUCAAGAGUGAUUUUCAAUUUUUACUGGGCUUUUUCAAUGUAAAACAAAGCCACCCUGACUACAACCCAACAAGCCCAUGGAAGUACCGGGGCCGCUACGGAAACCCAAACUCGAGCAUUAAACUUGGAACCGACGAUCAGAUUCGAAACCAAAUUGUCCAAACAAAUCCAUAAAAAAUAAGAUUGUAAUUGUGACCGGUUCUGGAUGCUCAUUCGUGUUAUUUGGAGUGAAAUUUCCGUCUAAUGUCCAAUGUCUAAUGUACUCUCUUUUAACUUUAAUGCUUUACAGUCUUCAGAAGCUAGUUGCUCAUUUUGUGGGUCUGCAGUUUGGUGCCAUAAGCCAAACGAAGCUAAAAAGCUUUAAUGAGUUGCAGAGUUUGUGGUUUUGUCACUUCAAGUACCAUCAUUGACAUUAUAGUCAUUUAGUUCAGCGUUGACAUAGAAAAUAUUGAAAUAGGAUCUAAAUAAGAGUAUAUUUAAUUGUACCAUCACAUGGUUCAUUCCUAUCAUCUUGUACAACCAAAAGCUUUCAUUUUUUUAUAAAAUCAGGUCAAACUCUGUGAAAGUUACUUUUAUGAAACCAACAUUUUUGUACGCUUUUCAUAAUGUUUUCAUCGCUUUUUCAGGCUUUAAGAUCAAUAUUGCCACACUGAAAAUGUUAUUUAACUGAUAAAGUCUGCCUUUUUUUAUACUCAGCCUUAUCUGGGUUCAUAUAUCAUGUUUGUGCCAACAAAUGAACCCCCGGAAAAGUAAAAUACAGCAUGGCAU